AUGGGCCAGCACAGCUUCUACCAGCUGAUGCACCAGGGCCGAGUGGUGCCCUCCCACUUCUUGGGCUUCGCCAGCUCCCAGAACCCGGUCGAGCUGGCCGGCGAAGCCGUGUCCAACCACGACGAGCUCAUGUCCAACUUCUUCGCGCAGCCAGAUGCGCUGGCGCUGGGGAAGACCGCGGAGGAGCUCAAGGCGGAGGGCGUGCCAGAGAAGCUCAUUGCGCACAAGACCUUUCCCGGCGAUAGGCCCUCCCUGUCCCUGCUGAUGCCCACCUGCAACGCGUUCUGGCUCGGCCAGCUCUUGGCUCUCUACGAGCACCGCACCGCGGUGAUAGGCUGGCUGCUGAAUGUCAACUCCUUCGACCA